AUGGCUCUGGACAACCAAACCGCCCUGCCUGAAUUCCUCCUCCUGGGGUUCUCCGACCUCAGUUUGCUGCAGGGCCCCCCGUUCUGGGUGGUGCUUCUGGUCUACCUGGUCACCUUGCUGGGCAACUCCCUGAUCAUCCUGCUGACCCGGGCCAGUCCUGCCCUGCGGGCGCCCAUGUACUUCUUCCUACACCACCUCUCACUGGUGGAGCUCCUCUAUACCACAGACAUUGUGCCCAGGACUCUGGCUGAUCUGGCCUCCCCACGGCCCCGAGCCAUCUCCUUCCAGGGCUGUGUGGCCCAGAUGUAUGUCUUCAUCGUCCUGGGCAUCACAGAGUGCUGCCUGCUCACGGCCAUGGCCUACGACCGCUACGCCGCCAUCUGCCGGCCCCUGCACUAUGCCACCCUCAUGAGCCAGCAGGCCUGUGUGGCCAUGGUGGGCAUCUCCUGGCUCAUGGGCAUCAUCACGGCCACCACCCACUCCUCCCUCAUCUUCACUCUGCCUUUCCCUGGGCACCCGGUCAUCCCACACUUCCUCUGUGACAUCCUGCCAGUACUGAGGCUGGCGAGUGCCGGCAAGCACAGAAGUGAGAUCUCCGUGAUGACAGCCACCGUGGUCUUCAUCAUGGUCCCCUUCUCUCUCAUUGUCACCUCCUACGCCCGCAUCCUGAGAGCCAUCCUGGCCAUGGCCUCCCCCCGGGGCCGCCGCAAGGUCUUCUCCACCUGCUCCUCCCACCUGCUUGUGGUCUCCCUCUUCUUCGGGACAGCCAGCAUCACCUACAUCCGGCCCGGGGCAGGGUCCUCCGUGACCACAGACCGCGUGCUCAGUCUCUUCUACACGGUCAUCACACCCAUGCUCAACCCCGUCAUCUACACACUCCGGAACAAGGAGGUGACAGGGGCCCUGCGCCACAUGGUGAUGAGGCCGACCCCCCUACCCUGA